AUGUCACCCUCUCCUCGCACGGCGUUGGCUAUACCACGAGCCGUUCUCCCUCGUGCAAGCUGCAAGCAUUCAUAUUUAUCGCAAGGUCAAAGACGGUGGAUCACUAUCGCAGAACUAGAUAAAGCUCAGGAUGGUCGAGAGAGGGUUGUCGUAUUGGGAUCAGGAUGGGCGGGUUACACACUAGGACGUGAGCUGGACCAUCGUAAAUAUCAACCCGUGGUGGUGAGCCCGCGCUCCUACUUCGUCUUCACUCCUCUGCUCGCCAGCACAUCGACAGGCACACUCGAGUUCAGAACAGCGUUGGAGCCCAUACGCCGUCGGAAUGCUACGGCGACCUUCUUCCAAGGAUGGGCUGACUCGGUGGACUUGGAGAAGAAGGAGCUGGAGAUCGAGGAAGCUGUCGAGGAUCCCAUGCAAUCUAUGGCGUUAGUUGAUGGUCAAGGCGAGGCUGAGAACGAAAGCGAGAAGCAAGCCAGGAAAGAAAAGGGCAAGCUCUUCCGGAUGAAAUACGACAAGCUCAUCGUCACCGUAGGCUGCUACAGCCAGACCUUCAACACCCCCGGCGUGAAAGAACAUGCCUACUUUUUGAAAGACGUUGGCGACGCCCGCAGAAUCCGAAACCGAUUCCUCUCUUGCUUUGAGACGGCAGCCUUACCCACCACUAGCCCGAAAAUGCGCGAGCACCUCCUCAAUUUCGCCGUCGUUGGCGGCGGCCCAACAGGCAUCGAAUGGAGUGCUGAACUCCACGAUAUCAUAAGCGAAGACAUGGCGAAAUUCUACCCGGAGCUCGUCAAGUACGCCAAGAUAACUGUCUACGACGUCGCGCCUACGGUCCUCAGUAUGUUUGAUCAGAAGCUGGCGAAGUACGCCAUGGACACGUUCAAGCGCGAGGGGAUUGAGAUUAAAACUAGUCAUCAUGUCAAGUCGCUACGAAAAGGUGCGCCGGGCGUAGUGGAAGGUGGCGCUGAUGUCAAGGACAACACGACCUGCUAUACGCUUAACACAGACGAAGAUGGUGAGGUAGGGGUGGGGAUGUGCGUCUGGAGCACCGGCCUCAUGACGAAUCCUUUCGUGGAGAAAGCACUCAGUACAAAGGUCAAGCAGCACGAGAAAUCGCACGCGAUAAUGACCAAUGAGCGGCUCCAGGUCAAGCGGCCGGAUGAUAGUGUUAUGCGGGAUGUCUAUGCUCUAGGUGAUUGUGCUGUUCUCGAAGGAACGGCAUACCCGGCUACAGCUCAAGUCGCGAAUCAGAAGGCUACGUGGUUGUCUAAGCGGUUGAAUAAAGGUGAUAUUGAGGGGAACAAGUUUACGUAUAAGGAUUUGGGGGUUAUGGCUUAUGUGGGCAAUUGGAAUGCUAUUCUGCAGACUUCCGGGGCAGGGAAUGUUUCCGGGCGAGUCGCGUGGUUUAUUUGGAGGGGAGCGUAUUUGGCGAAGAGUCUCCUUCCCUUUUCCUUCCCCUCCUUCCUCUUUCGGCCUGGAAACCCACCCCGCUAUCAUCAUCAUGUUGUCCAUCCAAAACCAUAUCCUCCCACCACACGCCGACCAUGCUUCCCUCCACCUCCUCCCACCCUGCCCAACCUCGUCAAUAUGCCCGAAACGAAGUACUUCCACCACAACCUCGCCCUCUCCCCCCAAUCCGAGCCGGCCAAAACAACCUUCCCAGCCAAAUUAGCCUACUGGACCUUCGGCGAUGCAUCAAAGCCCGCCGUCCUCCUCCCAUCCUGCUACGGCGGAACCCUAGCCAACACCCUCCCCUUCCUCUACGAUGAAGAAGCCCGUCCGAAUCCAAUCCUUCCCCCGUCCAAAUACUUCAUCAUAGUGACUGGACUUCUAAGUGGAAGCGAAUCCUCCUCCCCCUCCAACCAACCCGCACCCCACUCCGGCCCCAACUUCCCACACGUCACAUACGAAGACAACAUCCGGCUCCAACACGCCCUUUGCACCGAAGAGCUCGGGGUGGAAAAAUUGUAUCUCUAUUGCGGUUUCAGUAUGGGUGGGCAACAAGCCUAUCACGUGUCCGCUCUGUUCCCGGAGUUUGUGGAGAAUAUGGUGUGUCUGGCUGGGAGUGCGAGGACGAGCGCGCAUAAUUGGUGUUUUCUGGAAGGGCCGAGACAUGCGCUUGUUACGGCGCGGGAUUAUCAUGAUGGAGUUUAUACGAAGCCGGCGAAUGAGGGGGUGAAGGCGUUUUUUAGGGUGUAUGCGCCGUGGGCGUUGAGUCAGGGGUGGUUUCGGCAGAAAUGCUGGGAGCAAGCUGGAUUCAAGACGUUGGAGGAAUAUCUCACGGCGAAUUGGUCCGGUGGGCAGGGAGUGGAUGCUAAUGAUCUGCUGUGGUUGCUGUGGACGUGGCAGAAGGGGGAUAUCACGCUUUAUUAUCCCGAGGAUCAAGGGGAUUUGGCCAAGACGUUGGGGAGGAUUAAGGCGAGGUGUUUGGUUUUCCCUUCCAGGACGGAUACGUAUUUCCCGCCGGAGGAUAGUGAGGAGGAGGUGAAGCAUUUGAGGGAUGGGCGGUUGGCGGUUAUUGAGACGGUUUGGGGACAUAUGGCUGGGGGUGGGAGUGGGACGGCGGAGGAUACGGAGUGUAUUAUACGAGAAGUCAAGAAGUUCUUGGAGUUGUAG